AAACAAUGAACAUUCGUGUCUUUUCUUCUUUCUUUAUCUUUGCAUAUUCAACUCAUUUUAGUCGCUAUAAUUGAAUAUUUUCGUAUGGUCAAUUUUUAAAUUUUUUAAUCAACCAUAGAUUUUUCUGUGGAUUAAUUUUAUAUGUUCGAAACUUGUCUCUUCUACUUGGAGUUUGUCUUGCGGGGCAAUGGUUAAAUUCGUAAUCGUCUAAUGGAGGUAUGAAUGGAGAAGUAAUUGAGAGCUCUAGUUGUUAAAGCAUUCUUUAUGAUCAAUUUAUUUGACCAACAUAAGACUAUCUGCAAAUCCACAAAUUCGAAGAGGUACUUUGAAACUUAGAGAUAAUUUGAAACCAGGUAGCGUGAUUCUAAGGGAAAGUAAUGAUUAAGAAGAGAAUAUCAGUAAAGAAGUGCAACAAGAAGAAGCAAGUGCUUUAUAAAAUUCUAAAAGGGAAUCAUGGUGCAGAAUUUCCCAGCUUGGAACUAGUUGAAGUUGGAAAAAUAAGAAAUCAUUUAGUCUCUGUUCACGUUUGUUCAGGCUCAGAUUCUGCUUGGGUGGAGAAUUCGGCUAUAAAAUAUCAUUCAGAAGUUUGCAGGGACUUUUCGAUAAUGAAAAAGCUUACUCUUAAAGGUUCAACAAUAUCACGAGGGAGUUUAAUCAAAAAAGUUUUAAAGAACUUGCCCAAACAUUGUGCAUCCACGGCAGUGAUUGUGGGAACAGACCAGGAACACUCUCUCGGGAGUUCCAUUGCCAGAUGUUUCGCCAACAAAUUACCGGCAACUACGGCCGUUUUUGUUUUGCAACUAAAAGGUUUCAGGUUAAAUUCAAGGCCUGAGUUUUAUCACAAGAAGGAAAAUACGAGUUUAAGAGAUGCAGAGGAACAGGUGUUUGAAAAUACAGAAUCCAAUCAAAUUCUGACCUCUGAAAACGUAUCAAGAUACUGUAGUGAGGAGUUUCAUGAUCAAAAUUUUAAUCUUGACCAUGAUUACAUGGAGAAAUUUGCUUUGACGUCAACUUCUCUUAUACAAAAAGAGCAGCCAGAUUUAAUUCUGGGAUGGCCUCUGCUUCGAAGAACCUGGCCUCCAACUAAUGAAAUUUUGAAUGCAGUCGGGGAUGGAAAUAUUUCUGAGGUUGAAUGGGCUACGAGUCUAUGCAGUCGAUGUACUUCAGUUGUGCAUGAGAAUGAUUUUAGUAAUUUGGAUGGGAAUAAAACCAAAAUUGAUCUUAAUAGAGAAAUGAAUAACGUUCUUGUUGAGGAUGGCGAGACUGAAGGAAACAUUCCACUUGGUAUUAAGAAUGUUGAAGAUGAUUCAACUGAUGGCAGCAGGAGGUCAAGAGAUGAGACAUGUAGCCUUGUUCCUGGACACAUUGUGGAGCCUUCUUCAAGUUCAGUUUCUUUACUUGUAACACAUUUAUCACAAUCAAAACUCGGCUGGCCUCUUCUUCGAAUAUCAGCUCCUGUGACCUUAAACUCUUCAAAACAAUCUGAAGAUACUACACCAGCAAGUCCACAAUACCAGACAAGUUUGGUUUCCUCUAAUAGCGAAAAUUCUUUUGAAAGGGAGAUUAUUUGUUCCAAGAAUAAAGGUGAUGAAAAUCCUUUAACAACGUCAAUGAAGCUGCCCAACGAGUCAGAGCUUUUCUCUGAAUUAGUCUCAUCCAAUUGCAAGGAGUUCAGCAUCGCUGAACUUAAAAAGGCAACUCGUCAAUUCUCCUCAGAUAACUUGAUUGGAGAGGGAGGGUGUAGCAAUGUGUACAAAGGUUGUCUCUCAAGUGGCAAGCCGGUGGCAGUGAAAGUUCUAAAAUCUUACAAGGAAGCUUGGGACGACUUCUCUUUGGAAGUAGACAUCAUCUCUUUAUUAAAGCACCAAAAUAUAACACCUCUUAUUGGUGUAUGCACCGAGGACAACAAUCUUAUGUUGGUCUAUGACUUCUUGCCCAAAGGGAGUUUGGAAGAAAGCCUUCAUGGUAAUAAUGAGAAAUUUGUGCUGGCAUGGGAGGUGAGGUUCAAAGUGGCUGUUGCAAUUGCUGAGGCUCUAAAUUACCUGCACAAGGAAUGUUUGCAUCCUGUUAUUCACAGGGAUGUAAAAUCUUCUAACAUCCUUCUCUCCAACGAUUUUCAGCCACAGUUAUCCGAUUUCGGGCUUGCUGUAUGGGGACCAACAGAUUCAAAUUACAUGAUACACAACGAUGUGGUGGGGACUUUUGGAUAUAUUGCUCCAGAAUAUUUCAUGCACGGAAGAAUCAGCGAUAAAGUUGAUGUGUAUUCGUUUGGCGUUGUUCUUCUUGAACUGUUAUCUGGAAGAAGACCAAUUGGUUCCAAGAAUCUCAAAGGACAAGAAAGUCUGGUCAAGUGGGCGAAACCAAUAUUAGAAAGUGGGGAUGUAGAAGCAUUAAUGGAUCCAAAUUUAGAUGAUGACUUUGACAUUGCUCAAAUGCAAAGAUUGGCUCUUGUGGCAAACCUCUGCAUUAAUCAAUCUGCUCAACUUCGUCCAAAAGCGAGUCAGAUUCUGGAACUGUUAAGAGGGCAGCAGGAUGCAAAGGAGUGGCUUAACUCACAGGUUGAUGAAACGCAGGAGGAUGAUGAACUUCUUCUAGAAUUUGGGGGGAAGCCUCAUUUGGAUUUCUCAUAUUUAGUCACGGAUGAUGCCGCAUCACUAAGUAGUGUCGAUGCUACAUUACUUGGUAGUACAAAACAACAACGACGUUUCAAGUUUGACUGAUUACUUGGAAGAACCGCAAGACUGAGCCAACAGCAAACAACUCCGCAUGGACAUAUCAACAAGCAGAAUACACUAACCAACACAUGAAUUUAGGCCAAAACGUUUUGUUCUUUUUACUUUUGACAUCUUUUCGGUAGCUGAACAAUUAUUUUUCUACUGUAAAUCAGUGAAUAAGACAAAUUCAAUUUGUAAUAUAAUUGCAAUGCAAGUAUGCAACGUGCUAAUUUCAAUCAAAUAGCCGCCCACCAAAACCAACAUAAUA